AAUUGUCCUUUUUAAAGCCACAUUAGUUUUUGUCAAUGUUACAAUGAUUUUUAAGAAAGGUUUUUAUCCUCUCAUCUUUCUCUUUAUGGAUCAUGUGAUUUCUUCUUCUCUUCUUGCUUCAUCCAAGGCAUUGUUUGGUUCAUAUUUUGGGAUUUUGAAGGACACCUGUUUUGCUCUUGUAUGGGGUUGGUUUCAUACAUAUAAGUGUACAAAAAGCAAGCAGAGUGUUUCCCAGAUUGCAAUUUGAAGAUUUGAACUGAUCUUUGACUUGGAUUUGGGUCUUUCCUUUUCGAUACCCAUAGACUUUCUGCUCACUUACUGUUUUAAGAUAACUGGUAACAGUGCAGUGAAUCUAGCUUGAGUCAUACGUUCAUGGCAGUUGUCUUUUUUUCUUCUUCAACUUUUUGACUGCCAAUCCAAAAGAGCAUACAUGAUCAUCACUACUUUACUCUUCAACCUCUACUGUAACCAAAAUUCACUUAAAGGUUGCAGCUUUUUAUUUCUCUCUCUUUCCUUCUUUUUUUUUCCCUUGUUUUUUCCCUUACCUUCCAUUCUACGUCCUAGCUAACAGUCUAAACAUAAAACUGAGGCUAAGAAGCUUCGGUUUUUUAUUGUGAAAUGAAACAAAGAAGAAGGAAAAGGGCAUCUUGGCUCUCUCUCUCUCAAUUCAAGACUGUUUUAGAGAUUAAAAUGUCGAAAGAGCAAUUUCCAUCUGCCAUGGAAGAGGGCCUUGUUUGAAGCCUUUUGGAUUGUGUCCUUGAUCAUCUCGAGCUCUUUUAAAAGGUCCAUCCCCGACCCUGACAAUAGUAAAGUUGUUUCCUAUCCAAAGGGAUAAAGGGGAACAAGAAGGCCUCCAGCGAGAAUGAUGAUGAGAAGAUGGCUCGCUUGCUGCGCUAGGGACACAGAGAUUAGCCUCGACUUCGAUGAACAAGAGAGGAUAAUGACGUAUAAUGGCCUCGAGAGUUGCGUUAUAAACAACCAAUCUUACGAAAAUGAAAGCGGGACAAGCAGAGGAGAGGGUUGUGUAAGCGAAUCUCUCGAUGAUGAUGGUUGUUCAAGCUGUUCUUCCAGCAAAGAUGCUUUUGGGUCAUUUUCAUCUAAAUGGUUGAGAACGAAGAGGGAUGAGCAUGGUUCGGAUGAUUGGGAGGUCGCUGGAGGCCCUCGUCACUUUUAUGCUAAAGAGAAACCAUGUUACUCCCUGCAAUAUUCAGAUGUGGAGACAAUGAAAGAGAAAUUUGCAAAGCUGUUAUUGGGUGAAGAUAUCACAGGAGGGCGUAAUGGCCUCAGCCCUGCGUUGGCAUUAUCCAAUGCUAUAACAAAUCUUGCAGCGACGGUUUUCGGGGAGCUGUGGAAAUUGCAGCCAUUGCCUGAAGAAAGGAAGACCAAGUGGCAAAGAGAAAUGGACUGGUUGUUGUCCCCUACAAACUACAUGGUUGAGUUAGUUCCUGCUAAGCAAAAUUGUGCCAAUGGUCGAGCGCUAGAGAUAAUGACACCAAAAGCCCGUGCAGAUAUCCAUGUGAAUCUUCCAGCACUUCAAAAGUUGGACUCUAUGCUUAUUGACACGCUGGAUUCAAUGGUGAAUACUGAGUUUUGGUACUCAGAAGUAGGCAGCCGGGCAGAAGGCAGAACCAAGAGCGCAAAGGAGAGCAAGAGGUGGUGGCUCCCACUGCCGCAAGUACCGACAAAUGGGCUUUCUGACUCGGGAAGAACGAAACUGCUCAAUCAGAGUAAGGUGGUCUAUCAAGUAUUCAAGGCUGCCAAAUCAAUCAACGAAACUGUUUUGCUUGAAAUGCCUGUGCCAACCAUUAUUAAGGAUGCACUACCAAAGUCUGGAAAGGCAAACCUUGGUGAGGAACUGUACAAGUUGUUGACUGCAGAGCCAAACACAGCUGAGGAAAUGCUCGAUUCUCUUAAUUUACAAUCAGAACACAGUGCUCUUGAAGCCAUCAACAAGCUGGAAGCUGCCGUUUUUGCAUGGAAAGAUAGAAUGACUGCACAAGUUGGUGGUAAAUCUCCUGUUCUAACAUCAUGGUCCUUUGUUAAGGACCCAGAGUCAGAGUUUGAAAAGAUGGAGUCACUGUUGGACAGAACAGAAUCCCUUCUACAGCAGCUAAAGAGCAGAUAUCCAAAUCUUCCUCAAACAUUUCUAGAUUCUACAAAAAUCCAAUUUGGCAAGGACGUGGGACAUGCAAUCUUGGAAGCAUAUUCACGGGUUCUUGGAAACUUGGCAUUCAGCAUACUGUCUAGGAUAGCAGACAUUAUGCAAGAAGAUUCAUUGACCAAUCCCAGUUCUCCUGCGGCUACUUGUUGCUUUCCAGGAAUAAAUUCAUCAGGAUAUGUUGAGACUCCAGCCAUGUCCUACAUGUCCGACACUCACUCAUCGAAUCAGAUGAAUAAGGUGGAUGUGAAGCAUCGAAAAUCCAAUGCUAGUCAUAUUUCUGAUCAGAAACUCUCUUGUAGCGAAGCCAGGACAAGCUCGGUAAUUGCAACACCAAGUCGAAUUCGAGUAUGGUGCAUUGGUGGAGAUGCUUGUAGAAGUCUGUCCCCUACAAAUUCUCCAAAAAAUUAAAAAAGGAAAGAAAGCUUUGAUAUUUAUAUGCAGGUUUCUGUAAAUUGUGUUGCUAUAAUGUUCACUGAAAUAGCAUGAGAGGUGUUUGAUUCUCCCUCAUGCAUUAACAUAAUUAAUCAUAUGAAUAAAUCAGUGUUGGUUUGGCAGUCA